GUAAAUGCUUGUUGAAUGACAUAAUGUUAAAGACUUAAACAAAAAUAGCCUACUGUGUGAUAAGUAGCCUAGCCAGUUAAUUCCAUAUAGCCUACUACAGCCCAGAGAUAGCACCAAUAGACUGUAUUCCAAGUAGAUUAAGCGUUUUUAUUCCCAGCGAUUCUCCCAGAAUUACCUAUUGGUAGGAAAUGUACUUGACCUAGGCUACUGUUAGCUGGCUAGGUGCAUGCUAUUGUUAUUGCCAAUGCUAUUGCAGGGAGACUGAACCCUCCGAUCCAGUAACUUCUGUCAUGCCACGGAGAACUACUCCUCUUCAGGAUGCCACUAAUCACAUCCUUGCAGGAAGAGACAAGAAUUCAAUGUUAGAGAUCAAAUAUAUUAAUCCAGUUAAAGGUCGUGGUAUCUUCACUUUAGCUGUUUUCAAUCAAGGAGACUUUGUGGUGGAGUAUAGAGGGGAGCUCAUUGAUGCAGCUGAAGCUGAACAUAGACGUAAACUGUACCACAAUGCAUGUUCGAUCUUCAUGUUUGACUUCACAUGGAAGCGGAAGACAUGGUGUAUUGAUGGAGCACUUGAAGAUGGGUCAUUUGGACGACUGGUAAACGAUGAGCACAAGGCACCAAAUUGCAGAAUGAAGUUGAUCGAAGCAGAUGGGAAGCCACAUCUCUGCCUUUUUGCACUGAAGGAAAUUAUGGCUGGAACUGAAAUCACUUAUGACUAUGGUGGGAAAGAAUGGCCCUGGCGUAAAGAGACACAACUCAGUGGUGGAAGUUUCCCUUCUGGCCAACACUCCGUUGCAGAGCUUAGUGACCACGCCCAUGACUUGGAACCCAAUGUUUUCUCUACAGACUUAUUCAGAGACACCGAAUUGAGAGCAGAGUGUCAGUCAUCCACUCCCACACCAGACAACCCUGCGCAUGAGGUGCACUGUGUCAGAGGUCAGUGUGGCACUUCUUCUGCGAAAGAGGGGAUUGGAGAAGUUGGUGUCCAGCACCAGGAGGUGUUAUCCCCUGUGUUCUCAGCAGAGCUUGCCAGUGAGACUGAAUCAAGAUCAGGGUGUCAAUCAUCCAGAGCCGCGCCAAAUGACUCUGCUUGUGAGGUGCACUGUGUCAGAGGUCAGUGUGGCACUUCUUCUGCGAAAGAGGGGAUUGGAGAAGUUGGUGUCCAGCACCAGGAGGUGUUAUCCCCUGUGUUCUCAGCAGAGCUUGCCAGUGAGACCGAAUCAAGAUCAGGGUGUCAAUCAUCCAGAGCUAUGCCAAAUGACACUGCUUGUGAGCGAAAUAGUGGAAGCUUCCCUUCUGGCCAACACUCCGUUGCAGAGCUUAGUGACCACGCCCAUGACUUGGAACCCAAUGUUUUCUCUACAGACUUAUUCAGAGACACCGAAUUGAGAGCAGAGUGUCAGUCAUCCACUCCCACACCAGACAACCUUGCGCAUGAGGUGCACUGUGUCAGAGGUCAGUGUGGCACUUCUUCUGCGAAAGAGGGGAUUGGAGAAGUUGGUGUCCAGCACCAGGAGGUGUUAUCCCCUGUGUUCUCAGCAGAGCUUGCCAGUGAGACUGAAUCAAGAUCAGGGUGUCAAUCAUCCAGAGCCACACCAAAUGACUCUGCUUGUGAGGUGCACUGUGUCAGAGGUCAGUGUGGCACUUCUCCAAUCCCCUCUUUCACAGAAGAAGUUGGUGUCCAGCACCAGGAGGUGUUAUCCCCUGUGUUCUCAGCAGAGCUUGCCAGUGAGACCGAAUCAAGAUCAGGGUGUCAAUCAUCCAGAGCUGUGCCAAAUGACUCUGCUUGUGAGUGUACAAUCCAUAAGCUGGUUUUUGAAUCGGUGAGAAUUGACAAAUGCUGGAUAUGCCAUUCACCUUUCACAUCUAUCAGAUGGCACGGUGUAAGAUGCAAACAAUGCUGUGGUGUGUGGCACAAAAUCUGCCUCCAGAAGUCCUCAGAAGACUGGGAUAUAUCAGAUGAUGAUGUCUCAUCUGGUGAUGAGUACAUCCCAGAGUCUGUAUCGGAUUCAGAAAGCUCAGGAACAGAGUUGAGUGCCGAGUUGGCUGAACCAUCCAAGAAGUCCCAUACCAAUAUGCCUGAUUUAGUUACUUUUGCUGAACCAGACCCCGAACCAGAACCAGAAAGCACUGUGGAUAUUCUUGGCCAAAGUAAAUCUUCCUUAAGAUUCCUUAAAAGCCAAGUCAAUUAUUGUUUUGUAUGUGGGAAACCUCAAACAAAAUUUGCACGUCAUCUCGAGAAGCAUGUAAAUGAAAAUGCUGAAAUCGCACAGGCACUCCAGUUCCCCAAAUCAUCAAAGGACAGAAGGGUUCUUCUUGAGAAAUUCCGAAACCUUGGCAACUUCAAGCAUAACUCGACUGUUAAAACCACAGGGUCAGGCUGUCUUAAAGUGAAAAGGAGUUCCAAACAGAGUAGCAGCCCUGAGACAUAUGAUUACUGCUUGUACUGUAAGGGUAUGUUAUCCAGAAAAGAACUUUCUCGACAUAUGAAAAGAUGUGCUCUAAGACCCGAGAAUAAUGUUGAAGAGGGACCUGAGUGGACAGAGAGGGUCAUUGGUAUAGCAUCUGCUCAAUUUACAAUGUCCCAGCCAAUUUCAAGUGAACUUUGGUCAGUGCUGGGCAAAAUGCACAAGGAUGACGUGUCCACUGCAAUAAGGAAUGAUCAUUAUCUCAUGCAGUUUGCCCAGUCCCUCUUUAAUAAGCAUGGGAGUGACAGAUCAAAGCAUGAGUAUAUAAGACAGAAAGUAAGGGAACUUGGGAGAUUACUUGUGACUUUGCGCCACACAACUAGAAUCCAUAACAUGGAAGAGGCAAUAAAACCAGGCAACUUCUUUACUCUUACUGGUGCUGUUAAGAGAGUUUCAGGUUUUGAUCACCAACACAACACAUUCAAAGCCCCAAGUCUGGCUCUUAAAAUUGGGCAUUCUCUCAGAAAGAUAAGUGACCUCAUCAUGUGUCGUGCCCUAAUGGAAGAGGACCAAGAGGGGGUCGAUUCCAUCAAGAGGUUUCAUACACUUCAUGAAACAAAGUGGUCUGAAUUAGUUUCCCAUUCUGCCUUAUCAAACCUGAGUGAGGCAAAAUACAAUAAGAGCACCAGGCUUCCACUGGCCAAAGACGUUCAGAAGCUGCAGUUAUAUCUUGGUCAGCAAGUGGAAUUGGCUAAGGAGAAACUAGCCGAUAACCCAACAGCAGGCACUUAUGCAGCACUAGCAAAGGUGACCCUCUGUCAAGUCAUUUUGUUUAAUAGGAGAAGGGAAGGUGAAGUGGCAAGGAUGACUGUAAACAAUUUUGAAGAUCGUGAUGUGUCACAACUAAAUGAUGACAUAAGCACUGGGCUUACAGAAGUUGAGAAGAGACUUUGCAAACAAUUCGCCAGAGUGGAAUUGAGGGGGAAAAAAGGACGAAAGGUUGCUGUGAUCCUGACCCCUGAUAUGACUGCUAACCUGUCACUCCUCAUUAGUAAGAGGAAAGAGUGUGGAGUAACUGAAAACAACAAUUACCUCUUCGCUAUUCCUUGUAGUGAUGGUCAUUACAGAGGACAGUUUGGUCAAUUUGCAGAUGCUUGUGGAGCCGAAGAUCCUCAAAACCUCAGAUCAACUAACCUUCGCAAACAGAUCGCCACAAUAAGCCAAGUCAUGAACUUGAAAGAUAAUGAACUGGACCAGCUGGCCGACUUUCUCGGCCAUGACAUUAGGGUGCAUAGGGAGUACUAUCGACUGCCCCAAUCAACGAUUCAGCUGGCUAAGAUCUCAAAGCUGCUUAUGGCUAUGGAGAAGGGAAGUGUGAAGGAUAUUCAAGGAAAAUCUCUGGAUGAAAUUGGUGAUGACAUAGACAAAAUGGAUACAGGAUCACAGCAACUCCCUAAUGUUUCCACAUUGCAAGACAAUGAAGAAAUGUUGACUUCUGGGACUUUUGGAUCACCUCAUCUCUCCGAGACUGCAGCUCAAGAUGACCAGGGGAACUCUGCCUGUGUAACUUCUGGUUCACCUCAUCUCCCUGACUCCGUUACUCAAGGUUUCUGUGUUUCAUCAAGGCGGUGUACGAAGAGACCAUGGUCUGAGGAGGAGAUACAAGCGGUGAUGAAACAUCUAAGGCCUUUUGUUGAAAACGGUGUCACUGCCACCAGCGGGCAGUGCCUGGAGUGCAAGGAAAAGGAACACCCUAUCUUGGAGACCAGAUCCAUUCAAAACAUUAGAGAUUUUGUCCGCAACAGAGGCUUGGCCUUUAAAAGGCAUUCAAAUGCUAAACGCUAAAUGCUCUUUUGGAUAGCUUGAGCCUUUACCUUUCUAGGCAUGUUUUACAAGUUGGUGUCCUGUGUUCAGAAAUGGGUUAGGUCACUUCAUUUAUUUUGCUCACAGGCAGUUUUUUGUUUUGUUUGUUUUGCUUUGUGGUUAGCCUGGGCCUUUUAAUGUCAGGAUUCACUUUUAUUUUCCUUUAUUAUUUUUUAAAAUGCUGUCCUUGUUAAGGAAGGAAGAGAUUCUUGAGGUGACCAAAUCAAAUAUAGUUCAGUGAUUCAA